ACACAAGUUCGCAUUUAUAACAAUGCGUGUCGAACAUUCGAACAGGGAAAACAGUGUUAUAUCUGAUGUAAAAAGGUAAAAAGGUGGCCAUUUGUUUAAUUGAUCUCGUUCAAUAUAAUUAAAUUUGCAAGUUGUUUUUGAAAAAGCCAGCCGAGAUUUCCAAUUCGAUAUGGAAUAACAGCCAAAGUUUUGCUAACGAGUCAGAGACUUGAUGUUGAACUUGUGUCAGAUGCAAAAAAAAUCCCACAUUUUUCAACAAUGACCAUCGAGAAUUGCUUCGAACAACCACAUCAAACGAUGCAUAAACGGCGAAGUAAGUCUACCUUUAAAUAAGGAAAGAGCAGUCAGCGAACCUCAAGAUAAUGACGUGGCAUUUGAAAUGGAUUCGUGAAUAUGAAUCCUCAAUUUCUAACGUUAACAUAUCUGCGUGGACAUUAUCCCGUGGAAGUGCUCACACUUUCGAUGCGCUUAGAUUGUGGCAGCUGAAUUCACCAGCAAUCAUUGGACUAUCAGAGACAUAUGUUUAAUAUAACCCAAUUGCAAGAGAAGCAGAAAGUUAUCGAAACACGUGUGGAUUGGGACCAAAUAGGUUAUCGUCAACUAUUUAAGAAACCUACGAGAAUUCCGAUGACAAUGAUGUUGAAGAUGCUGAAUUUAAGCAUAGACUAAAUGAGUUUACAAUUUUAAACAUAUAUCAAGUGUACAUCUCUUAACUUCACCAAUUAUUUUAUUUUAAGCACAACUUUUUGACGAUUCAAUUGAAUUUUUUGAUUUAUCAUAUAAAAAUGAGUUGUCAGUUUGUGCACUGUUUUUGGCUUCGUCUAUUGCUUUGGAAUUCGAAGAUUGCGGCUCGGAAGGGGGCGAGUUCACCAAAUUUAAAGUGUCCAAUUGCGAUGAAACAGCAAAUGCUUGCGUGCUGAAAUCAAUGCAUCGAUCGAAUUGGAUUUCGCUUUGAAUGAGGGUGUCGACAAUAUUGAACAAGUGACGACUGUUGUGCACGGAGUCAUUAUGGGUGUUGAAAUGCCGUUCCCCUUACAGAAUGCAGAUGCGUGCAAGGAUAGCGGUGUCCAAUGUCCACUAAGAAAUGGCGUCAAUUAUGAAUAUGUGCAAACGCUGCCGGUGUUGAGAUCUAAUCCAAAGGUGAGCGUUACCAUCAAAUGGGCAUUAAAAGAUAUCGCAGCCAACAAAACCAUCAUUUGUGUGUAUAUUCCGGCCAGAAUCGAAUGAAUAACGAAGUGAUGGCAAUCAUGUGUGUCGUUCGCCAAAAUAUCUCAUCUCAAUGUCAUGAGAUCAAUCGUUCAAUUUAAUCACUAGAACAUGCAAACAACUGCUGUAAACGUUCUUUAUCGGAAAUUACCGCUUUGAUAUAUUAUCAUUUUCUUAACUAUUGAUGAGCAUAUAAGGCAAAUACAUUGUAUUUGAUCAUUCUUGCUUAUAAAAACAUGUCUCGGCAGCAAAUAAAUUCCAUCCUUCAUAAAAUAGAAAAGAAAGAAAAAUUCAAGCCUUUUCAUUGGACAAUCGAGAAUGAACGUACUGUUUUCAAUAACCUAAACGAAUGUACAAGUUACGAGUUCAUCAAAAGUUACUAGGGUUUUUCUUUUCUUAAAAGAUCUGUUCAACUUACCUUGAAUUGCAAGCAUAGGUGCAAAAACUUUGAAAUUUUACUUCAAGAAAUUACCAAACGAUCAAUUCUAUCUAAAAAGCAUUUCAAUUUUGACUAAUUUUUCUACCAGACAAUUUCGAUAUUUUUAUCAUGCUUCCAUCUCCAUCUCAAGAUUGAGAAUUGGUAUAUUUUGUUCUAAAAUAAAGUUAUAACGUGUACUUUCCAACUAAAAAUAUAAAACCGAUGAAAAUAAUUCAUUUUGGUUGGAACAAGCUGCAGAGACUUUUCAAAUCUAUUUAACUUAAAUACAAAAAAAAUUGAUGGCCAAAAAAAUCGACCAGUGCUUGAAAAAGGUGACCAAAAAUUCAUAAAUUCAGUACAAACUUUCAAAACAUUUCAAGAUAUCUAUUUCAAUUUUUAGAUUUUAACCAAAACAUUAUUUUCUAUAAAAAUAUUUUAUCGAAUUUCUGUCCACCGGAAAUGAAACAAAUAUUUUUUUUGGUCGAAGCUAAAAUUUUGCAAAAAAAAAUGCCAACAAAUGUUCGAAAAUUUGCCAUCGUAAAUCUAAAAAUAAGCGUACAUUGGCCCAAAAUAAUAAUAUUUUAAAGGAUCGCUAAUUUCAAAAGCAAAAUAAGAAACCAGCAUCGAUUGGGACAUUUCGGUUUUCUGACUUGAAACCCAAAUGAAAUUAAAACUGCGAUGUAAAAAAAAUCGAUAAAAUCCGCAUAUUUACGGAACUGGAAUAUCAAAGCGAUGCAUGUGUGUUGCAAAAUUUGCAUAUUAAUAUAUAAUUUGAAUGUGAACGAAAAUCAUAUGAAGGCAAUUUUAUCAAGAACUCUAUAAAAUAAGCACAAAAAAGGUAAGCACUUCAUUGAUUUUUUCCUCUUCAUUUAUGUGAAUUAUUUUUUUUUUCAUCCAAUAAAUUUAUUCAAGUGUUUCACUUGACUUGCUUACAUACUCGGAGCUUAACGGACCUAUCUUAACACACAGACAAAAUACUUGAAAGAAUAUUCAUGUCAGAAUGAGUUCAGAAGAUUCAUAUAAAUAUGAGUGUUAACUUUGCAUAAAUCGUAUAUUUUCGAUAAUUUUUACCGAACAUAUAAUUAUCUCAUCGACGAAUGCGCCCUAUUAAACAUUUCAUUUAAAUACAGACACAUUUCUGUGUGAUGUGUUCGCACAUUCGUAUGCAUGACGGACUGACUUACGUGCAGAAAACAUACCAAAGCAUCUUCGCAUUCUUAUUUUAUUUCUGAUUUGUAAGAACACCGUCGUCAAUACCGUUGCAAAAAGUUUAAGUGGGUAUUGAUGUGAGAACAAAACUUGGACAAGCUAAGGCAAUGAAAACUUAACGAUUCAUGAGUUGAACAUGUUUAUUUUCUGAGCCCAAAAUGAACGCAAACAAAAAUUAAAUAAAUUGAUUUGAUUUGAUUUAAAAAGUUGUCAAAGCGUAAAUCAAUUUAUUUGAAUCAAAUUAAUUGCCAUAUUUUCAAAUGAAUUAUUUGCAAAUCUGAGAACUCUGUCCAUAAUAUGAACACAAUUAUAAAGAAUCAUAUAUGAAGAUGAUACAUACAAUUCGGCCAAAGUCGUUAUAUAUAAGAAAUGCGACGAAAUCGGAGAGUGAAAAUAAAAUCCGUAAUAAAUUCGGGGAAAAAGAGAAAUUUUGGUAUUGCGUAACCUGAAUACGGAGGUUCCAUAGAGGUGCAUGUGCUAUUGAGGUCUGGGUGCUAGGGAAAAUCAAUCAAACUGACAUGGAACAUAGUUGAGCAUUCUCCACUUGGUAUGCAGCUUUGGUUUUCUUUCGACACAACUAGCCUCUUAACGACAAGCCUAUAAAAUGCAGGUUCACACAUGUAAAUUUUCCUAAUGCUCAAUUUCCCGAAAAAGUACUUCUGCUAAUGGGAACUUUGCUCUUUCUCGCAUUGUUUUCGGAAGAUUAGAUAAAUUUCAUGAAAAUAAAUGGUGAACCUAUCGGUAUAUUAUGUGCAAGUCCCCCAAGCAUCCAAGUGAGCAUUUGAGGCCAUGAAAAAUAUCAAAUUGGUUGCUAAAAUUGAGAAUGUGAGGUAAGAUGUUUCUUGAACAAGAGAAAAAUAUUGUCAUACGUAUGAUGAAUCCAAUGUGAAUAUCAACGUUUAUUCGAUUUGCUUCACCGUUCCCUGCUUUACCGUGUGUGUAUAUAAUUUCUUCUCUCGCAACGAAGCAACCACAUACACACACAAACACAUACAUAUAUGCGCGCGGCAUACGAAAUGUGUCGGAACAGAAUGAAAGAAACACCCGAGAGAGAGAGAGAGAGUAAAUGGCUGAGUGUACAGCAACGGUGGAUAACAACAACCGCAACUAUGCUUCAUAUUUUGCAGUAAGAGAAAGAGCAAUGGAAAGAGAAACGAUAGCAUUGAUUAUUUGCGAACGCAUACCGAACGCAUUGUGUAGAGACGUAGUAAAAGAGAUGGCACUAUUAAAGGAGAGGAUUCACUGGGAGCGAAACAAAGCUCAAGUGCCGACACAUACACACACACACAUAUGUAUCCAAACACGCACAUACACACAUACAUACACAUUCUCUGUCGCUCUCUUCAUGACUGCCUGCAAACCAAUUCACCGUCUAUUUGCUCUCUUCAAAGUAUCAACCGAAAAUCCAUAACAAGAAGAAGAACGUAAAACAACAUCAUCGUGUAUGCGUUGAAUCGAAAAUCGACGAACGGUCAGUUGCUUAUGUGAUUUGUUUUACGCUGGAUGAGUGAGGUAUACAAAUAUUUCUGUUGUUUUUUUUUCUCGUUUAAGCGCGAUUGUUCUGCGAUUUGUGUAAAAAUUACACAUUAUAAAAUCCGAGCUUUGUGCUGGUUUUUUAAUCUAUUCAUUCAGAAUACGCAUAGGAAAUUCUUUGAAUAAAAUUGUGAUUCCGUCAAAGUUGGUCUGCUGGUUUUUUUUUACUGACUUUGUCCAUCUGUGAAGAACGAACAACAAUAAUAAUAAUAAUAUGAAGUAUUUCAAACGACUUGAAAUAAAUAUUCAGUUUAAUCUUGUGUAUUGAUAUGAAAUGUGACUGUGCCCCAUGUAUUUUUUACAUUUAGAUACCAUCCAGUCAGGAUGGGAAAAAAAAUAUAAAAAUUUUUAUCUUUCGUUCUAUCGGCGAGGAUUUUUACAUGUCAGAAUACCUUCAGAAUGCUUGCGUACUAUAUGUAAAUUCAUUGAAUAUCCCGUGUAUUUUUUUGCACACAGUGCAUACAUAGCAUACUAGAGGAUUCUGUUUCCGAAAGAAUCAUAAAGAAAAUUGUGAGAAUUCCAAUUUAGACUUAGUUGACAUUGAAUUUUCGAAAGAAUUUUAUAAUCAAUUUAUUUCGUUUGUUUAUUGAUAUUUUCGCUUUGUGUGUACUGCAUCGUUCUAUGUGCGAAUAUGUGAGCAGCGUCUAACAUUGGUUGUUUGAUAAAAUUCCAUCAUAAAAAUAGGUUCGAUAAAACAAAUAUUGUGAAGUCGGAUAAACCGAAAGUUCAUCCUAUCUUAUCUGUAGUCCCGAUAGAGCUCAGGAUUAAUAAAAUCGUUUGAAUUCAACAGGAAGUGUGAUGUGUUGUUAAUAAACAAUACUCAAAUAGUCAGCUGAUAAGUCAUUUUUAUCAUAUAUUUUAUCUUUCUAUUUCUAUUCACUAAAAUUUGAAAAUUAUCGAAACAUUCAGAUUACAGAAUUCUGUUUUAUUUCAUUUAUUUGUAAUCAACUUGCAAUCGAACGUUUUGUCAUAGUGUUGUUCUGAGAAAAAAAAAUUCGUACCAACAGUUAGUCAGAAAUCAAAUGCAUGUUUAGAAAAUAGAUAAGCAAGCGAUAAGAACUGAGGCUAAUAUGAGUUAAACUAAAACGAAACACAAAGUAAUACACACACGAUACAAAAACAAACGCAAUCUUUACAAACAAAGUCUGGUGCACAAUUUUUUCUACCGGAAAACAAUGAACUUCAAUGUGCUUUGGCAAAUAUGCAUACAAAUUAUUUUUUUUGCCUGUUUGGUAUAACUUUUUUUUCUGGCUUUGUUUUUUCUUCCUACAAUUUGAUGGAAACAAAAGUGUCUCAAUGUGCUGUCAAUAAUAUUCAUAACUUUAUCGUGGAAAAUAACGCAAAUUCGUUAUCAGAAAAUUUUACCGAAAUUGAAGAAUGCCGCUCUGUGAUGUGGUUAUUGAAAAGCAAUACAAAAAAAUAUUAUGGUCAUAAUUCAAGGCAUUUUAUGAAGGGAAAACGAAAAGCAAAUGCUAUAUUAUUGGCAAGAAAUACAAUUUUUAUAUGUCAAUUGGCAAUAAAGCGUUUCGUUUGAUAUAAAAAAAAGAACAACUCCAAGAAUAAAAACAAGAAACAUAGAAGAACAAACACAGAACUGCCGACACCAACACACAACACCAUGCCUUGCAUCAUAUGCAAACACGUAUGUAUGCAUAUCUACAAACCGAACGAUUCGCAAAUGAAUAGACGAAAAAAAAGAGCAAAUAAAACCACACACUGAAUGACGAGUGCAACGCGCGAUGAACGGCAGUCCAAACAACCGUUCGAUGACAUUAACGAUUCGCAAUAUGGUUACUGCAUGGUUAAAUAAGUGCUAAACAAUUGAAAAAAAAAAUUAAUUGUAUGACAAUGCACAACUAUUGAAGCACAUUGUUAGACGUAAUCGUUAUAUGACUUUGAAUAUUAUUAUAUGAAUAUCAGUGCUGUACCCAUAAACUCAGUUAAAUGAAUCGAAAUUGAAAAUAGUAAUGAAAUCUAUUUGUGAACGUGAAAAUGGCCUACAUGAAAAUGCAGUGUUCUUGCGAACCAAGAUUUAUAAAUAUAUCAUGAAUAAGGGGCUAAACGAAUAUUUAAACUAAAAGUUGAUGAAAAAAACAUUUUGAAUCUACACAAUUUGAAAAGCAAUACAAAUUCCAAAUGCAAUUUAAGCGAUUUGAAAAUUGGACUUUGUGAAACUUUAUUUAAUCUGGUUUAAAUGGUGGUUUUAAUUUCAGGAAGGAAACAUAUCUAAGAGUGUUUGUUGGCAUAGUACUUCACUGUAUCCAUAGAAACAAUCACACGAUAGUCGUAAAAGAUAGCUGAACAAGAAUGUCUUCGUUGCACAGAAACCAUUGAAGUUUUAACUAUUCGUGAUGACACUGCCAUAGACUAAGAACACUACCGCAUGAGGCGACCACAGCAGAGAGAAAUUCAAGAUUGGAGAGGAACGCUUUUAGUUUCAUCAUUUACGGCAGAUAUUACCUGGGCUGUAUCUAAUGUGAAAUAAUCGGCUGGAUUCCGUGCAGAGCAUAGUCGAAUGUUUGUUGCAAGUCUGAAUAGAUUCAAUGUUGAACGCAUUAACAACACUCCAUAUAUGGCAGCAUAGAAAAAAUGUCCACGAUGCAACAUACAAAACAAAGCCACCAACAAGUAAUAACCACAUAAAUUAAGUCGUACUAAAAGCGUAACUCAAGAUAACUUGCACGACGUCGAGCGCAACGAGCAACUAUCGACAGGAACGAGUUAAAUGUAAACUGGUUCGAUUGACAAGCGUCCGAAAAAAAAAGAUAGUGAAAGAGACAUCGGAUGGAUGAUGAUGCUUUGAACAUAUCUUUGUUGCAAACGAAAAAUCCGAAUUCAUUUUUCUUGGAACCAAAUUCAAACAGGGGCGGAAAACAAUUCAAAUAAUCCAAAAUCAAUUAAUUCAAUGAAAAUUUAGAACACAUUAGGCUGCACAACAUAAACACAAAAAAGAAUUACAUCAAACGAUAUUAUCAAUAAAAACGGUUAAAUUUACACUGUAACACUGUAAAAAUGGGGUUUUUAUGGCGACGUCGAUCAUCAGUGGUGAAAAUCGUAAUACUGCUAUCAGCCGUUUGGUUUACAAUUGCAUUUCUGAUUUAUUCGGAAGAUCGAAGGACUUCGAAUAUGGUGGCCUCUGGGCCACACAGUCUUGAACUUAAAUAUAAUAAUGAGAAUAACAAUAAUGAUAAUAAUAAUAAUGAGUUUGAUGAUGUUGAUGAUAAUGAGAAUAGCAUAGACAAUAUCAAUGAAAAUAUCGAUCGAUUUUUCAACAAUGAACUGAACUUCAACAAAAAUUCUGUAAAUAGAGAAAAUCAGAAAAAUGAAUCAGUGGCCAAUAAUGUGAUUUUAAGCAAUUUAAACAAUAAUGAAAAUUUGGAUAGUAAUUUAAAUGAUAACGAUGACAGCAAUAUAUUUGGCAAGAAUAAAAGACUUAGUGCACGUCAAAAAGGAGAUGCUAAGAAGCCCGCAUCUGAUGAUAAUGAUAAAGGUGUACUUAUACCACCGGCGAUGAAUUCGCCAGACGCACCAGGUGAAAUGGGCAGGCCCGUAAUACUUCCGACAAAUAUGUCAGCUGAAAUGAAGAAAUCGGUCGACGAUGGCUGGAUGAAAAAUGCAUUCAAUCAAUAUGCAUCCGAUUUAAUUUCAAUUCAUCGUAGUCUUCCCGAUCCAAGAGAUCCAUGGUGCAAAGAAAAAGGCCGUUACCUAGACGAUCUUCCACCGACUGAUAUUAUUAUUUGUUUUCAUAAUGAGGCAUGGUCUGUGCUAUUGCGAACUGUUCAUUCCGUACUGGAUCGUUCGCCAGCUCAUUUAAUUGGUCACAUUAUUUUAGUUGAUGAUUACUCCGAUAUGCCACAUACCAAAAAACAAUUGGACGACUAUUUUGCAUCGAACCCAAAGGUUAAAAUCAUUCGUGCCAAGAAACGUGAGGGUUUAAUAAGGGCACGUCUGCUCGGCGCUAAGUAUGCCACAGCACCUGUGUUAACUUAUCUUGAUAGUCAUUGUGAAUGUACUAUGGGGUGGAUCGAGCCUCUUCUGGAUAGGAUUGCUAGGAAUUCAACAACCGUUGUAUGUCCAGUUAUUGAUGUAAUUGACGAUACAACAAUGGAAUAUCAUUAUCGAGAUUCGGGAGGUGUUAAUGUUGGUGGUUUUGAUUGGAAUUUACAAUUUAACUGGCAUGCAGUACCUGAACGUGAACGUAAACGGCAUAAGAGCUCGGCCGAACCAGUCUAUUCACCGACGAUGGCUGGUGGACUUUUUGCAAUUGAUCGCAAAUUCUUUGAACGAUUGGGCUACUACGAUCCACAUUUUGAUAUUUGGGGCGGCGAAAAUCUGGAAUUGUCGUUCAAGUCGUGGAUGUGCGGAGGCACAUUGGAGAUAGUCCCCUGUUCACAUGUGGGACACAUUUUCCGUAAAAGAUCCCCGUAUAAGUGGCGUUCUGGUGUGAACGUUUUAAAACGAAAUUCCGUUCGUUUGGCUGAAGUAUGGUUAGAUGACUAUGCACAAUAUUAUUAUCAAAGAAUUGGUAAUGAAAAAGGAGACUAUGGCGAUGUAUCCGAUCGGAAAAAAUUACGAGACAAAUUGGGCUGCAAAAGUUUCAAGUGGUAUUUGGAUAACAUCUAUCCAGAGCUAUUUAUUCCAGGCGAAGCUGUCGCUUCUGGCGAGAUAAAGAAUUUAGGUUAUGGUGGUCGUACAUGUUUGGAUUCGCCGGCUCGUAAGAAGGAUUUGAAAAAAGCUGUCGGAUUAUAUCCGUGUCACAACCAAGGCGGAAAUCAGUACUGGAUGUUGAGCAAAGCUGGCGAAAUUCGGCGAGAUGAGGCGUGUCUGGACUAUUCCGGAAAUGACGUGGUCCUGUAUCCGUGUCAUGGAUCUAAAGGCAAUCAGCUUUGGUCAUAUGACUCAAACACGAAACAAAUUCGGCAUGGCUCGUCCGAAAAAUGCUUGGCGAUAAUUGAGUCAAAAGAUAAAGUCAUCAUGGAAGAGUGCAAUAUAACGAAAGAAUCACAAAAAUGGCGUUUGGAGAAUUUUGAUCGUAGCAAAUUAUAAACCUUGAUAGGCGACAAUUUUAAUGUUUGGCAAACAAAAAUGCAUCAAACCCAAGACACAGGUUGACAACAACAACAACAACAACAACAAAUAUAUCUAUUGAAAACCAGAAAAAAUCGAAAUACACCCAGAAAAAACAUGUUGAAAUAAAUCUUUUCUUGAAAGAAAAAAAAAACACAAAAAACACAAAUGUGAUAUUUCAACAUCUCAUGGAGAUAUGUCAAAAGAGAUAAAAGUACAUUUCAAAUUCAAUUUGUUACACAAGGCAUUUGCAAUAAACAUUUUUAGAAUUCAAUUUUCAAAUAAUCAUAAUCAUGAGAAUGAUAAGUUUCAAAAUGGUCGAAAUUAAUUGUAAAUACAAGAAGAAAAAAAAUAUCACAAUUAGGACAAGAUUGAGUAAGCUAGAUGAAGUAUGGCUUUGAAUAGUUUUUGUUUCCGCUUUUAUUUUUCCAAUUAAUCACAAAAAUCAUGUGUUAAGUAGCAUAAAUUUAUGUAUACAUUCCAGGUUUUAUUGAAAGAAACUAUCACAUAUAUCCGUACAGUUCAAAACAGAGCAGAUUUACUUACGAUGCUGAUGCACAAUAUCCGAGUUCGAUAUUGGACAUCACUGAAUAAAAAUAAUGAAGAACAUUUAUCGAUCUUGAAAGCAAAAAAAAACUUACACUAUAUUUUUAAAAAAAAAAGUGUAUCAAAUAAAAUGUCCCCUCUGAAUAUAUA